AGGAGAAAAGAACUAAAAUGUUCUAUUGCAAAAUAACUUAUUGAUUACUUUCAUCGCUAGAUCCUCUACAAAAAUUGUUCAUACCUAUUCAGACAUCGGUCACAAACUAUUAACACUGCUAUUCCAAUUUUACCAAUCUACUCAUCAACAAAAAACCAAUCUUCAAGAGAAAUCCGUCUUCAUUAGUUUCUAACUUUCUAUAUUUUUAUUUCGCGCAAAUCAGCGAAUCAUCAGCAGUAUAAUUCCGCAAACUCCACAUCCUCGUCUUCAUUCUCUCAAAAUUCAUAAACUGGUGUUUCAACAACAAAAAUUCAGCAACAAAUUGGUGGUUACAUUACUUACAUUAACUAUGAAAUGAUCUGAGGAGUUGGGUUUUAUUUUGAAUAAAGAAAAAUUAUGAGAACUCAAGCUCAAAACAAGCACCGACAUUCUAUCAUGCGUUUAGUUUGCAUUGUCGUUUGUUUCUGUCUUUUUGUCUUCUUCAUUCAAUCUUCCAUCUUCACUGGUAGUGGAAAGCUAGAUCUUUCAACUAAAUUGGAAGUUGAAAUGUUGUCUAAGUUCCAAACCAAUGUUCAGCAAUGUGUGGCAAAGAGAGGACUUGGACUUACAGCAGAUAUUAUUGACCACUGCAAAUUGAAACUCAAAUAUCCCGAAGGCACUAACAGCACAUGGGUUAAUCAGCAGUUCAAGAAGAAGGAACCAUUAGAGUAUGAAUAUGAUGUUUGUGAAGCAAUUUUACUGUGGGAACAGUAUCGCAAUGUUACGACAGUAUUGACAAGAGAAUAUCUAGAUGUUCGUCCAGAUGGCUGGUUAGACUAUGCAGCGAAAAGGAUAGCUCAACUGGGAGACAAAAAAUGCUACAAUCAAUCUCUUUGUGAUGAGCUUCUCAGUCCUAUCUUACCAGCCAAACCUCCAUUUCAUCCCCGUCAAUUUGAAAAAUGUGCAGUUGUUGGAAAUUCCGGAGAUCUUCUAUUGACAGAAUUCGGUGAAGAGAUUGAUGGUCAUGAUGCAGUAAUUAGAGAUAAUGAGGCUCCUGUUAAUGAGAAAUAUGCCAAGCAUGUUGGUAUGAAGCGGACCUUGCGUCUUGGAGUUAGAGGCACUGCUCGUAACAUGAUCGACAUUCUCAAAGGGGCUCCCGAGGAAGUAUUUAUCAUAAAAAGUGUGACCCACAGAGACUUCAAUGAGAUGAUAAAGAGUAUUCCAAAUCCAGUUUACCUAUUCCAGGGAAUUGUGCUGCGGAGAGGGGCCAAAGGGACAGGAAUGAAAUCUAUAGAGCUUGCACUUUCAAUGUGUGACAUUGUCGACAUAUAUGGUUUUACUGUUGAUCCUGGGUAUAAGGAAUGGACAAGAUACUUCUCGGAACCCAGGAAGGGACACAACCCACUUCAAGGAAGGGCAUACUAUCAGCUACUGGAGUGCCUAGGGGUGAUAAGAAUACAUUCACCAAUGAGAGCUGAAAGGAAGGAAGAUUGGUCAAAUAUACCGAGCCGAGAGGCAGUAAGGGCUGCUCACACUGCAGCUAUACGUUUAAAGCAGACCGAGGCAGGUCAAGAUGGUGACAAGGGACAGUUUAGGAAUUGCAAGUUUUGGGGUGAGAAAGGCGCUGACUACAAUGGACCUGUCUCGGGUUCUCCAGACAUGAGUGAAGUAAGAAAAAACUCAAACUACAAUAAGUGGGAAUCGAUGCCUUUUGAGAGCCUAAGAAAGGAAGCACAAGAAUACUACCGUCAAAUGGAGGGAUUUUCGUUGUAUAAGGUGGAUGGUAAUAAGUUGGACGAUCUCGUUUGUAUAAGACACACUUUAAAAUCUGCAGAAUGAUUGGUUGGUUUAGCCCUAGGAACUCCUGUUCGGUACUAUUUACCGAUGUGACUGCAUUUUGCCAAUAUAGAGUGGUUCUUCUCGAGGUGUUGCAUGUUUCUCGUGGCGCUUCUAUCAUUAGCAAUCAGGUAUCUGGGGAGGUGUUGAAACUCCAGGAACAAAUUUAGGCUCAGAUGUACUUUUUUUGGCGCAGGAUUUUACUUAUUCUUUGGUGCAGAUGUGCUCUUCUUCUGAUGGUUGAUUGUCCCCUCUAAGUUGUAUACCAAAAAGUAUUUGUUAUUGAUGUAUAAAUUUUUCUUAUUCUCAUAUUAUUGUCAUCAUUUUUUUGAGUCAA